AUUCCCGAUUUCGUUCGACUCUGUGACGUGUUAGUGCGGUGUGCGAUCAGUGAUCAACAUGGGGAAGGAUCACAAAGUGGCUCCCCGCAGGGGGAUCGACAAAGGCAACCAUUCGAUGAAUCCGGACAGGGAGCGCAAAAACACCAAUAUGAGGGACCGAGCGACUAUUCGGAGACUUUUAAUGUAUAAGAAUCAGGCACCGAUUCGAAACCGCAAGGGGAAAAUCGUCAAGGCCGCACCGUACCAGAGCUGGGUUUCGAGCGGAGCCGUCUCGAGGAUUGCACCGAACCAGAAGUGGUUCGGCAAUACGAAAGUCGUCACUCAGACCGCUCUCCAGAAAUUCCAGGAGGCCCUGGGCAAGGUCAUGAAGGAUCCGUACCAGGUCAUCAUGAAGCAAACGAAACUCCCGGUCACGCUCUUGAACGAAACCGCCAAGACGAAGAACGUCCAUAUCUUGGACACCGCCUCCUACGAACAGACUUUCGGUCCCAAAGCACAACGUAAGAAGCCCCUAAUCCGGGCUUCCGAUCUCGAGGAGCUCAGGAAGAUGGCUGAAGAUCGCGAGAAUAAAUACAAACCCGAGGAAGACAGAGAUCUCGCGGUGGACACCGGAGGAGUUCGGGAGGAGGCCAAGGAUAGCAUCAUGUUGAAAGGUCAAUCGAAGAGAAUUUGGAACGAGCUGUAUAAAGUUAUCGAUUCGUCCGAUGUUGUCAUCCAAGUGUUGGACGCCAGAGAUCCCCUGGGGACUCGUUCGAAGUUCAUUGAGAAUUUUAUCCGGAAGGAGAAAGGUCAUAAGCAUUUGGUUUUCGUGUUGAACAAGUGUGAUCUCAUACCGACUUGGGUCACCCAGCGAUGGGUGACCACUUUGAGUGCCGAGUAUCCGACGAUGGCCUUCCAUGCCUCUAUGAGGAAUCCCUUCGGCAAAGGGGCUCUCAUUAAUUUACUUCGACAAUUCGGAAAGCUCCACACGGACAAGAAGCAGAUCUCUGUCGGCCUCAUCGGAUACCCAAAUGUCGGCAAAAGCUCCGUGAUCAACGCUCUCAAAGCGAAGAAAGUGUGCAGUACCGCUCCCAUUGCCGGAGAGACCAAGGUCUGGCAAUACGUUACGUUGAUGCGCAAGAUCUACUUGAUCGAUUGUCCCGGAGUUGUGUACCCUCAGGGGGAUAGCGAUACGCAAGUGGUUUUGAAAGGUGUCGUCCGGGUGGAGAACAUCAAGGAUCCCGAAGACCACAUUCCGGAAGUACUGAAUCGAGUCAAAUACGAUUACCUGAAGAAAACCUACAAAAUUGAAGAUUGGAGCGACCCGACCGACUUCCUUGAGAAAAUCGCUCGCCGCUACGGGAAACUUCUGAAAAAAGGCGAACCUGAUAUCAAUACGGUGGCCAAGAUGGUAUUGAACGAUUUCCAGAGGGGGAAACUGCCGUAUUUCGUUCGACCUCCUUCCAUGGAGGAGCACCCCAUGGAGGAGAACGCCCAUACUCUAAAGAAGAAGAAAUCGAAGGAAGGUCAGGAAGAACAGGAGAUGCCUCGGGUUAAUCAAGACUUCCGGAAGAUUGAGCUUGAGAACGAGUUCAAUGAGGAAGACAUCGAGCCCUUGAAGCCGAUCGAAGGCGACACCGACGACGAGGAGAAAGAAGACAGCGGGGCCGAAGACGACCAGCAAGAGACUCCGAAACCCGCGGAGAGCCCAAAGGAGAGCACUUUCGAGAAAAGUCUGGAGAAAGCUCAGAAGGAAGAAAAAGAAUACAGCAGAGGGAAAAAUAUGCCAAACAAGAAAAUCUCUGUCUAUCAAGCCCGUUGGCUGGCGAAGAAAAUGGGGCUCCAGUUAACGCCGAUGGAGAUAACGAAGACCUUGCUGGCUACCGAAGAGGAACUCGAGAAGGAAGAGGAAAAUUUGCGGCGUAAGGACCGCGACGGCGGAGUUGAGCCAGUCACCAUCCAGGUCAAACCCCGAGAGUUCGGCGCCGAUUUCCUCAGUAUCGAGGAUGAACCCCGGAAGAAAAAACAAAAGAAAGACACCAUCGAUCGAUCGGCAUCCGGCGGUGACGAGCCGCAGGCCUCAGCUGACAGCGCACAGCCGAGUACCAGCCGGGGGAGGACGUUUGAGUACAAAGGUUGGAUGGUCGACGAAGAGAAGAGCGACCACUCCGACACCGAGUACGACGAAGCCCUGCGAGAAGAGAAGCGGAAACAGUGGAAGGUCGAGGAAGCGAAACAGACGAAAAGCAAGAGCGGUCGCGAGAGACAAGCUGUCAAUCGAAAGACUCGAGGCUUCGCCGUGACAGGAAUGAUGAUGAAGGAACUCAAGGAUCGAGCCCAGGAUGCUAAAAAGCAGAGAAAAAUAGAAGCCGCCGAUAACGAGAGCGAUGAGGAGGAAUCCCAGCCGAAAAUCACAGGGAAGGCCAAGAGAGCCAUGUACAACGCUCAGAAAGUCAAACGGAUCGGAACCCAUUAUUAUGAGACGGCGAACGUCAAAAACCGGAACCGGGACAGAGUCGGUGUCGUUGAUCCAGAAAUGGCUAAUCGUGGUCAUCAGAGAACGAGCAAAGACAGAUCGAAACGGCCUGGCGGUAGAUAG